ACAAACCCUUUUGUUUAAUCUAAAUGAUUAUCACACAGUUGAUUUGAGUAGCAUCAUUAUUACAAACGCUGUAAACAAGGUUACCUAUUUACGCGACGCGGCGCAGUCAGGACCUGAAAACAUGGGAUCGAAGAAGCAUCGUAGGAGCCGAUCGCGGUCCCGCUCUCCAGAAAGAUCCCGUAGGUAUGUCCGCUCGCGCUCGCCGGAGGACAGACACGGUCGAAACCGAUCUCCCGUGAAAGGUUCUCGCAGACGAGGUCGGUCUGACAGCGGCGGCUCCAGGAGCAGCGGAGGAUCCGCAGGCCCUAGUCGAUACCGAGGGAGAGAGUCCGGUCACUCCAGCGACUCCGACCGCGAACACAGAGACAGAAGAGCACACCGAAGAUCGAAGGACAGAGACAGCUCUUCAGGUGAUAACCACACUAAUCAGAAGAAAUAUAAGACGAAGACCAAACACAAGGAUGAAAAGGGCAGCAGGAGGAGGAGUAGAAGCUCCUCACGUUCCAGCUCAGAGUCCAGUGUGGAGAGAAACCGAGGCAGAGAUGACAGGAGACGACAGAGCAGGAGCUCCAGCCGAGAGAGACAGAGAGAGAAAGACCGAGAGGGGAGGAGGAGACCGAGCAGAGAGAGGGAUCGAGACAGACGUAGACGUUCUGAAUCCAGAUCUUCCAUUUCCUCGAGCUCCUCCACCGACUCUGAACAGGAAGGCAAGACGACUCAGGGGUCCUCCUCCAAUAGAGAAGACCAGAAGAAACAGAAGGAGAUGAUGAAAGCGCUGGAGACCCCGGAGGAGAAGAGAGCCAGACGUCUGGCCAAGAAAGAGGCCAAGGAGAGGAAGAAGAGGGAGAAGAUGGGCUGGAGUGAAGAGUACAUGGGCUAUACCAAUGCUGAUAACCCCUUUGGAGAUAACAACCUGCUGGGCACCUUCAAAUGGCAGAAGGCUCUGGAGAAGAAGGGCAUCGGGCACUUGUCAGAAAAAAACCUGAAGGAGAGGAAUAAACACAUCCAGGUGGAAAACCGCAGGGAGUUGCAGAAGGUGAAGCAGCUGCGUCUGGAGCGAGAGCGGGAGAAGUCCAUGCGUGAGCAGGAGCUGGAGAUGCUGCAGAGAGAGAAAGAGGCCGAACACUUCAAAACAUGGGCGGAACAGGAGGACAACUUUCACCUGCACCAGGCCAAACUGAGGUCUAAGAUCCGGAUCCGUGACGGCCGGGCGAAGCCCAUCGACCUGCUGGCUAAAUACAUCAGCGCUGAAGACGAUGAUCUGUCGGUGGAGAUGCACGAACCGUACACCUUCCUCAACGGACUCACCGUCACAGACAUGGACGACCUGCUGGAGGACAUCAAGGUGUACAUGGAGCUGGAACAGGGCAAAAAUGUGGAUUUCUGGAGAGAUAUGACCACCAUUACUGAAGACGAAAUCAGCAAACUGCGCAAACUAGAGGCGUCAGGCAAAGGACCAGGAGACCGUCGUGAGGGGAUAAACACAUCUGUCAGUACAGACGUGCAGAGCGUGUUUAAAGGGAAGACGUACAGUCAACUUCAGGCUCUUUACAUGAACAUUGAGAACAAGAUCCAGGCCGGAGGCUCCAACCUGGACAUCGGUUACUGGGAGAGUCUCCUGCAGCAGGUGCGGGUCUACAUGGCACGGGCCAGGCUGAGAGAGCGCCAUCAGGACGUCCUGCGGCAGAAACUGUUUAAACUUAAACAGGAACAGGGUGUGGAGAGCGAACCGCUUUUCCCCAUCAUCAAAGAAGAGCCGGAGAACGAGCGGCCCAUUAGCCCUGCAGCGGCGGAGUCUGCGGAUGAGGAGCCGAGCAGCUCCCAGCAAGGUGACGAUAGAGUCGGACGGACCAAGAGGCUGGAUAGAGACGAGGGUGAGCGUUCUGGAAGGAGCAGUCCUGAGGAGAAGAAGGAAGGGGAGGAGGAGGAGGGAGAGAAAGAUGAAGCACCGGAAGCAGUGUUAACAGAGGAGGAUUUGAUCCAGCAGAGUCAGGCGGAGUACGACUCCGGCCGUUACAGUCCCACCCUCCUGCAGCCCCCGGAGUUACCUCUGGACACACACAUCAUCAACGUGGAGGAGGACCUGCAGAGACUCCAGCUGGCCCGGAGACAGCUGCAGGUGACCGGUGACGCGAAUGAAAGCGCUGAAGAUGCAUUCGUGCGUCGCGCUAAAGAGGGCAUGGGCGGCGACGAGGCUCAGUUCAGCGUUGAAAUGCCUUUGACUGGAAAAAUGUACUUGUGGGCCGACAAAUACCGUCCACGUAAGCCUCGCUUCUUCAACCGCGUCCACACCGGCUUCGAGUGGAACAAGUACAACCAGACGCAUUACGACUCCGACAACCCGCCGCCCAAGAUCGUCCAGGGCUACAAGUUCAACAUCUUCUACCCCGAUCUCAUCGACAAGCGCUCGACGCCGCAGUACUUCCUCGAGCCCUGUCCCGACAACAAAGACUUCGGGAUACUGCGCUUCCACGCCGGACCGCCGUACGAAGACAUCGCAUUUAAAAUCGUGAACCGUGAAUGGGAAUAUUCCCAUCGCCACGGCUUCCGCUGCCAGUUCGCCAACGGAAUCUUUCAGCUGUGGUUCCACUUUAAGCGAUACCGGUAUAGGCGAUGAAGAGGAGGACGUCGAGUUGUAUUAGCAACGGUGUUAGCGUUGAUUAUCGGGAACACUGAACGUUCAAAAGCUGUAAAAUUGGUGUAAGUCUAGAACAAAGGAGUACAGUCUUUGCUUAUUGAUACCAUUCCGUUAGUGGAAGAACACGUUUUCAACGGAAUUGACCUAAAUAUGUGAUAAUGUUCCUGUUGAGAAUCCUGUUUUGUAUAUUUUCUGAUUUGCAGGCACCUGGCUUGCAUUCAAUUCGUGUUUGUUUUGAAAAUGCUAUUCUUGUACUAUUGUUUUUUUGGGAUGACAUUAAAGAUUAACUCAUUUUUA